GGGGGCCCCCGCCGCUGCGAGGUGUGCGGGGCGGGCGGGCGGCUGCGCUGCGGCCGCUGCCGCCUCGCGUACUACUGUGAUGUACAUCAUCAAAAAGCUGACUGGGUUAGUAUCCAUGAGCGAAUAUGCCAGCUGCUGAUUCCAAUCCGUACGUCCGUCCCUUUUCUCCUUUCUGAAAAAGAAAGAAAACAUGGCACGGAACAGCUGGUGAAGAGGCAGAAAUACAUCACGGAGCUCGCGUACGGCACAGCCCAGAAGUUUGUUUUGGAUGGAAAGCAUGAAGAAGCGAUACCCGCAGCUUUGCACGCCCUGCGCUUCGGUACCGAAGUGUACGGCUCAAAUUCUGUGCAAUUGGUGCCCGCUUAUCUCCUCUUGGCUGAGGCCUCCGCUGGUGUUGGCCAUCUUCCGGAGGCAUCUAGGUAUCUCUCCCAAGCUCGGUGGAUUGUCCUCAGCACCCCAGACUGCAGCGCUGCUGUUCGGUACAAAUUGCAUCGCGGUCUGGGGCUGUUCUGUGCCGCCGAAGGAAACUUUGAACAGGCUUUAUAUCACCUGGCGAAUGACAUUUACCUUGCUAGUUCUACGUUUGGACUAAAAUCCCUUGAGGCCUCUGGAGGGUAUUUCCACAUGGCUAAUGUUUUCUUUCGCCAGAACAAAACGGACGUAGCAAACUCACUCUAUGCCGAGGUAACCGACAUCUGGCAUGCCUUUCUCGUGAAGUCAGUUCAAGCGCAGGAGCAAAUUCGCGAGUCACGACCGGAAACGUCUCCGUUCACCGAGGAGAAAGAAGUCGGCGAAGACCCCAUGACUGAGGCCCAGCAAGCAGAAGCGACCCGAGUGCUGAAGGCCGUGUUAGCUGUCAGAGAGCAGGCGCCAAAGCCCCAGCCCGGGGAGACGGCCCGCGUCCUGCACGCCCUCGCCAUGCUUUAUUACCUGGUGGGGGAGCUAUCGAAGGCUCGCGAGGCGGGGACGAAAGCCUUCGCCCUGGUGAAACAACUGCCCCAGCAAGAGGCUCCGGAAGCCAUUGGUCACUUGUUAGAGUUGGUUGACUCCCGGCCGUCCCCCACGGAAUCGAGGACCCUUUCCGCCAGCGCCAGGCCUUGGCCCGGGCUAGCUGUGUAA